AAGGCCGCAACACUGACGUGGUCAUGCAUGAAUAUCACCUAAACUCAAAAGUCUUUGAUAGUAAAAUCUCCGGCCCGUUAAUUGAUAUUUUCCUCUUUUGAUCCCUCUAAUUGAGCAUAUUUAGUGUGUUUACCAAUGCAGGUAAGGUUAAAUCCGGUUUAGACAUCGAGGAAUAUCUUUAGUUUGAGAUUCGUCAUCCAUCUUAUGCAUACAAUAUUUCAUGUAUAUAUGGUUAAAAUGGUCUUUGACUAUAGAAGUCUGAUCCUCAUCCUUUCAUCUUUGCAGAUGGCCCAUGUUCUCUUUCACAUAAUCGACAGGAAAUGUAAAAAACCGAGUACUUUGGCCAGUUCAAGCACCAGCAAUACUCCUAAUGACUCUGGAACUGGACAAGCUCACGUAAUUAGUGCACAGGCAUCUGAGGAAAUUAUGAUCGAAACUGAAAAUCAGAACAAGAUGCUGAUUUCCAGAAUGCCAGACAGUAUCAUUCCUAUCAUUCCUCAGCAGACCCAGAUGCACGAAGAGCAGAGCUGGCUUUACAAUGGUUAUCCGUUCAUAGAUGGCAUAGUGACGACUGUUAUGCUAUGCCAUGUUCUCCAAGCGAUGGUAUUGAGACCUUGGAUCUCUGGAAUGUCGGCUAGGGACGGAUUAGUAUGCCAAACUAUCUUUCAUACAUAGCUGUAAGAUGGCCUUGCUUGUUCCUAGUUACCAUGUCGUUGACAAGAGAGCGAUGGGAGGUGGGUGUACUGUAAAAACUGCAUUUGUGUGAGAAGAGAUAGUG